CAAAAGAUACUUUUCUCUUCAUCCUCGUCAGCUCUUGAGACUUGCUCUGAUGGCUGCGGAUCUGAUCACCUCGGCUCGUUUACUGGCGCCUAUCCCAGUGCGAGUCAUGCUCGAAGCGCGUGCAGCAUGACGAGCCAGCAUUGCGCGGCAGACAGGCCGGCGGGGCGUCGAUGCCAUGGACCUCCACGUAUCUGAGCCCAACGUCGUCUUCAAGACGGUCUUGUGCUCGCGCCAAUCUCUCUAGCACCACCACGGGAAGUUCACGCCUGUAUCGCUGCAGGAGGAUUGUCGAGCGCUCCGAUCCCGCCCAGCUAGGUAUCAAUUUGUACUCGAUCGGUUGAUCGGGCCACUACGGAUUUUGCCCGGCACUUCACACGCUCCCGACCAACCGAAGCCAUGAGCUGCAUCUCGAACGAAAGCGUCGUCGGUGACAAGCGCCGCUUCCCGCUGCGUGCCAUCGAGCGCUUCGGUAUUGCCGAACCCGACGUGUCGGUCAAAUGCUGCCACGCUAUCGCUAUCAGUGGUGACAUGGACCAAUUGAUCAAAUUCCUUCCGACUGCGGUCAUGCGCACAUUCAACCGUCACCCACGGCUGCGCGCACUGGUCGUCAAGGACGAGGAGUUCAUGGCCGAAGUUCAGCCGCAUAUCACGCUGGACGAUGUCACGGCCAAAAAUCUGCUGCGUGUCCGUGAAAUUUCGGACUCGAACGAGGACGUCGCGGCCUGGAAGAACUGGAAUCAGUUCGUACAGACCGAGACGCACAUCCCGUUCGACCGGUUCACACAGUUCAUGUUCUACCUCACUGUAUGGGUCAAUCGGUCGGAGAACAAAGCCCGCUUCUUCCUCUUCUCGGACCACAUCAUGUCGGAUGGCGACUCGGGUCAGAUCUUCGUCAACGACACGCUCGAAGACGUCGCAUUGCUGUCGAUUGAGGCGGCUAAACCGGUGAACGAGUUCCCGUUGCGACCGUCACUCUACGACAUGUGGUUCACCGGCGGCCCGUGGUGGCUCAAGCCUCUAGCCAAGACCAUGUUGGCGUUCGUUGGUGGCUCCGCUUUCGUCAACUUCAUGAAGGUUUUCAAGCCCGUUCUGACCCCGCGCGAGGAUCAGAAGGACUUUGGUAUCCCGUUCGAACAGAACAGUACCACGUUACUUAGUCAGGCCGGUAACCCGACGAACAUGCGCGAUACUCUGCGUAAAUGCAAGGAAGAGGGCGUCACACUGGGUGGAGCUCUGAUUCCGAUGUUGGUGCUGGCCUUCUACCACGCCAGCAAGGUCGACCAUAAACUCAAUGGUGUGGACGAGACCGACGGCCCGUUCCGGUUCGUCGCCGAUAUCUGCUACAACAUGCGUCAACGCGUACCGAAGCCCGCAAAGGAGCGACAGGUGGGUCUGUACGUGACCAAUACUCCGCUCCAGUGGCUGGCGACCGAGGGUGUCAACAUGAAGACGGAGAAGUUCUGGGACUUGGCUCGCACUUCGAAGCUGCAGAUGGCUGCGCAGGGCGAUAAACUACUGGAGAUGGCUAUGCCGUGCUUCCUUAUGGACCGCAAGCUCAUCAAACCGAAGGUCGGAGAGCUGCUCGGUGACUUUAAGGUCCCUAGCUCGUGCACGGGCGACGCAACUAUCUCCAACCUCGGACGUUAUAUCUACAAGAAGAAGCACAUCUUGGCCUCUAACGGCGUGCUCGAGGUGGAGGACAUGUUCGCCUUCUGUGCCAUCCCAUUCGUGGCUACGUCGUCGACUAUUUGGCUCUCGACCGUCAACUCGUUCAACUACUCGCUGGCCCACAAGGUGGACGAGAAGGUUGGCAGUGCGUUGUUUAACGCUUACGUCAAGAUCUGCGAGAACGCUAGCAGCAUCAAUAAGGAUGACACGAUGGAGGACGUACUCAAGCGUCUUGGCAUCCAUGCCUAAAACUACUAUAAAUGAAAAUAUUCUUACAAUUACUUUAAGCUUCA